AUGGGCAGAUCAGAGCCUCCAUUCCUUUAUGAUCGUCCUUCCGCUUAUAGCUUCAAUGGCCCGACCGACCUGGGUUUUAACCCCAAGGCUGUGACGCAAGCGAACCGGACUCCUGCAUCACCUAGGCAGAAGCAAGAUGGGCCUUUGAUUAGUUUCAACAGACACCCUGACUCGUGGGAAAGUCUCGACAAGAAGCCACCGCACACGCCAAUGAACCCCAAGGCGAAGAAGUGGAUCAAAGGUGUGAGAGGAACCCAGCUAGGUCUACGGUCCAUCACUCUACUUGGUGCACUUGCAUCCCUGUUUUGCUCCAUCGUUAUCAAUAAUGCGGACACGACAAUUAUCUGGAUCAUGCGGUCUGGACCAAUUGUCGCAACUCUGCACACCCUCUAUGGUGUCUACCAUUUCUGCCGAUCUCCCGUUACACGUCCUCCUGCUUCUCAAGCUAGUUACGGAGUGUUCGCUGGCAUUUUGGAUGCUGGGCUAAUCCCAUUCUACGUGUUCACAGCUUAUGUGGCUCAUGCUGACUAUGCGACGGAUGAUUACAACUGGGGGACUCUUUUCAAAAACAGUGAAAUUACCCUUGAUAUCGUUGAAGCCACCUUCAUCUGUGCGGUUGUGAAUUCAGGAUUGCACCUUAUCUCAUUUUGCCUUUCGAUCUUCUUGGCAGUGAUCUUCCGCAAGAUCUCUCAUCUCCCACCUGACAUGAACCCGCUCGAGGAUAACCUGACAGCUCGUCCGCGCAAAAGCUUCCGCAAAGAGAUCGAUGUUGAUGAAAAGCACAUGAGCUCAUCAACCCUGCAUUCGAAUAUGGAAGAUCCGCUUAUGGGCUCUCCACGUACUGUUCCAUUCAUGCAUACCCGUCAAGAUUCCUUCGGCGGUGAUACCAUCCGCGGUUCAGUGGACAUGAGCAACGAGAAAUGUCAAUCCCAGAUAUUCGUUCAGCCACACCGUUUCUCACUGGAGCCCCCAACUCCAGAAAGAUACUACCACAACCCUGCCGAAGGACCUUACAAUGUAGCCACAGCCACCACUGCACCGGAAUAUCACAAUGUGCCUGCACGAUCGCCAAAUAUCGUGGACCCAGGCAUCCACACCCGUCACCUAGCUUCUCGCACUGCUGACAGGUCCGAAUCCGUGAGCCCCAUGUCCGAUAACUGGGUUGCACACGACGAGCGCUAUCCAUCCCCCGUCAGUGACGUUCAAGGCCAAGCUGACCAGAACAACGCCACUACUCUUCGCCAAUCCUCUUCCGUGUACAGCCGACGAACAGAUAUAUCUGCUCCAUCAGCGGGUAGUGGCAUCCGAGACUGGUUCGCAUAUCCCCAAAGAAAUCCAACCAGCGUCGGAAGUGUAAUCCCCGAGGACACACGUGGCGAAUACGCUUCCGUAGCAGCGCACGAGUACUAUGGCAACGAAGACAACGACGAACAAGACAUUGGAGCCCAGCAGCGAUUCAACAUCUUCCCCGACCCAGAAGAACAUGACCAUGACAACGAUGACGAACCCUCCGGUAUCCCUUUCAACCCACUCAUGCUGAACCCUCCAACCCCACAACCAGUCCUCAAUGAGAGGCAAGAGGAUACCGACCCGGUGCGCCGCAACGCUCUAGGUGAUAAUCCCAAUCUCUCGCAAAACCAAAAAGCCCAAGUCUUCACUCCGCAUACAACCCCGGACUCCCCAACCUCCAAUAAUCGUUUCUACGGUGACCUUGAAGAGAAUGCCUCCGGACUGAGCAUUGCGCCGCGCCAAGUCAGCGCCCAGGAAGAUAUUAAGCGCGGACCAUCUAAGCUCACCAAAAAGCGCACCAAGAAGUUGUCUGCAUACCAAUCUUUGAAAAAGGAUGACAGUGACGAUGAGGGAUACCUCAGCGCUCGCGUUCCGUCAUCUCCCGCCAUGGCCGAAGGAGACCGCAAGGGCCGAGUGGUCAGUAAUUCCGGCGCGGAUACAACUCGGGCCGGUCUCGUGGGUGGAGUUGGAGCAUCGCUAUCCUCGUAUGGUAGCUACAUUGCGGGAUUAGGCGUUGGACGUCGCCGCGAUGUAAGCGGUAAAGUUGCGGAAGAAGGACGAGGAGGCAAGAGCGUGGAAGUACGUCCCAGUCCGAGCGCAGUUCCUAGUCCGGAUCAGACUCCGGAUGGAAAGAUUCGGGCUGCUGGAUGGGCACGUUUUGCGGGACUGUGA